UUUAGGAGAAAUUUUGAAAAUUCGCUUCUUUGUAUGUAUUUUUUAAAGAAGAAGACUUGACAUUUAUUUUGAAAUUUCUUCAAAACUUUGCUUUCCUUUUUAAUUUUUAGGGUAGUCUUAAAUUUAUCAAGUUUAUCAAGUGUGCGAGGGUUGAAACAUAUUAAAGCAUGCUCUCUGUGCUUUUCUUCAUCAUCCAAACUAUUUUAUCAACUCAACUUCCCUUUUCCUACUUUUUUUAUUUUCUUGGCUUAUUCCGUCUUGCAAUCAUGAACUACAACACUUGCUUUCAUCUUCUUUUAGCUUUAUUCAUACCAUGUUCCGUACUUUGCUUGGCUAUGACAGUCAGGAAUCUCAACUCCGAUCAGUUUGCACUUCUCGAGUUUAAGGAUCGCAUUGCCGGUCCUCAAAAUGUCUUGGCAAACAAUUGGACGGCCUCAACCUCUGUUUGCAAUUGGAUUGGUGUUUCUUGUGGCAUCCUUCAUAAAAGAGUUAUAGCUUUGAAUCUUAUAAGCAUGAAUCUUAGGGGUACUAUCCCUCCACACCUUGGAAAUCUUUCAUUUCUACUCUCUCUCGACUUGAGUAGCAACCAUUUCUAUGGCCAUCUCCCUAAAGAAUUGGGCCAAUUGCAUCGUUUGAGGAUCCUUCGAUUAAGCUACAACCGUCUUAAUGGGGAAAUUCCAUCAUGGCUUUGGAACAUACACAGAGUUCGAAGGCUGGAAAUGAAAAAUAAUAACUUUACAGGCACAAUCCCUGAAACACUUGCUAACAUGCCUAAUCUAGAGAUCUUGAACUUGGGAGCCAAUCAAUUAUCUGGUCAGAUUCCAUCAAGUAUUUUUAAUUCAACUACGCUCGAAAAAAUAGGUCUAUAUGACAACAAAUUAGAAGGUAAUUUACCACCCAUCACCAAUGCUCCAAAGCUUGAGUUUCUUUUUUGGGGAAAUAAACUUAGCGGAAACAUUCCCAACUCUAUCUCCAAUGCUUCCAUGCUUAAGAAACUAGACUUGGGAGAUAACUUAUUCUCUGGCCCAAUCCCUAAAACGCUUGGCAACUUAAGACAGCUUGAAUGGUUCCGAAUCGUAAACAAUAAUUUGAUCACAGGAUCUGCUACUGAUCAUGAGUGGAGCUUUCUUUCUUCUUUGACGAAUUGUAAGAAUUUGAAAACCAUAGGAGUUUCAGAAAAUCCAUUGAGUGGCGUUCUUCCUACUUAUAUUGGGAACCUUUCAAAAUCCCUUCAAUACUUUUAUGCCGAAGAGUGUGAGCUUCAAGGCACUAUUCCUAUGGAAAUAGGUAACUUAAGCAACAUGUUGGUUUUAGAACAUGGCUAUAAUAAAUUAAGUGGAUUCAUUCCAAAAUCAAUAGGAGGACUGCGGAAUCUCCAAAGUCUAGGUCUUUCCUCUAAUAAAUUAGGAGGGCCCAUCUCAGAAAGCCUUUGUGAUUUGGAGAGAUUAUACAACUUGUUUUUAGGGUUGAAUAAGCUGCAUGGAUCCAUACCCUCUUGUUUGGGUAAUAUUACUUCUUUAGGAUAUCUUUACUUUGCUUCCAACAAAUUGAGUUCUGCAAUACCCUCAACUUUGUGGAAUCUCAAAGAUAUCUUAAAAAUAGAUUUAUCAUUAAACCAUCUUCACAAUUCACAUGCUAUUGAUGUUGGAAAUCUUAGGAGUCUACUGAAACUAAAUUUAUCAAGGAAUCUUCUCACGGGCGAUGUCUUAUCCACAUUUGGGGGUCUUCAAACUUUGGUUUCAUUAGAUUUAUCAAAUAAUAUACUACAUGGUCAUAUCCCUGAAUCAUUUGAUGGGUUGAUUAGUUUGGAAUUCUUGGAUUUAUGCAAUAACAAUCUCUCUGGAGUCAUUCCCAAAUCUUUGGAAAAGCUUUUAUAUCUAAAGUAUUUUAAUGUGUCUUUCAAUAGACUUGAAGGGGAAAUUCCCAGCAAAGGAUGUUUUUCAAACUUUUCUAGCACAUCAUUCAUGAAGAAUUAUGCACUUUGUGGUCCACCUAGAUUGCUAGUCCCACCUUGCAAAAACGACAUCCACAAAAACUCCCAAAUGAUUAUAUUGCAUGCUUUUAGGUAUGGUUUACCAACAAUUGGUAUUGUCGUAGUACUAAUAGUCUUAACUAUUAUGUAUAGAAGAUGCCAAAGAAGGAGUACAACUCUACCAAUUAAAGAUGAUUUGUUGUCUUUGAAAAGAAUUUCACAUGAUGAACUUUCCCGAGCAACUAAUGGAUUUGAGGAAAGCAAUAUGCUUGGUUCAGGGAGUUUUGGAUAUGUAUAUAAAGGGAGGCUUUCAGAUGGAAUGGAAGUUGCAAUAAAAGUUUUCAAUUUGCAAACAGAGGGAGCAUUUAGGAGUUUUGACAUUGAAUGUGAUGCUAUGCGUAAUAUAGUUCAUCGUAAUAUUGUGAAGGUCAUUACUUGCUGCUCAAGUGUUGACUUCAAAGCCUUGGUGCUUGAUUACAUGUCUAAUGGAAACCUUGAGAAAUGGUUACAUUCUGAAAAUUGUUUCCUUGAUAUCAUACAAAGGGUCGACAUAAUGAUAGAUGUUGCGCUAGCUAUAGAACACCUCCACAAUGGACAUCCAACACCUAUAACUCAUUGCGACAUAAAACCAAGCAAUAUUUUACUAGAUGAAGACAUGGUUGCACAUGUUGGAGAUUUUGGCGUUGCCAAAUUGUUGGGGGAAGGUGAAGUAAUGAAGCAAACCAUGACUCUUGCAACUAUCGGGUAUAUGGCACCAGCUGAAUUUUUUUUAUUUUUGUACGAUUAUUUUCCUAAUAUGCAUUUUAUAUUUUUGUUUCAUGUGGAUGUGGAUAUAUAUUUGAAUAAGCAUUUUAAAAAUAAUUGAGGAUGAAUGAUGUUCUAAUUAUACUUGAAAUGCAGAAUUUGGAUCAGCAGAAAUUGUUUCUAUAAAAUCUGACGUCUAUAGUUAUGGGAUUGUCCUUAUAGAAACUUUCACAAAGAAAAAGCCAACUGAUAAUGUUUUUGUUGAAGAAGAGACUAUGAGGCAUUGGAUGGAAAGAUCAUUGCCUAAAGGAGCGAUAGAAAUUGCAGAUGUUGAUUUAUUAAGAAGAGAGGAUGAGUACAUUGUUGUUAAAGCAAAUUGUAUUUCAUCUAUCAUGGAGUUGGCUUUGAAUUGUUCAGCUGAGUUACCAGAAGAAAGAAAAGAUAUGAAAGAUGUUGUGGUUGAGCUGAAGAAAAUCAAACAAAGGUUGCUAAACAGCAUCCAACAUUUUUAACAGAGAUGCUAGUGGUUGUUGAUCAAGGAACACUAAAGGAGGCCAAUAAGAAGAACGAAACUCCACAUCUUUACUAUCAUGUUCUACAAAACAAAGAGACUUUUUUCUCGAUGAAAUUUGUAUUGGGCUAUCAAUGUUUCAUGGAUUAUGUUGUUUUUCUAAUGUAAGAGGGGGUUUUGCCAA